GAGGAGGUCAGGCGCUGUCUUUCCUUCCCUCCCUGUUCGGCGGCUCCUCCACACUUGGAACCUGCAGGGACCGGGCGAACACCACCCUCUGGAGAAGGCAAGGUUCCGUGGCCAAACCCAUCACUGACGCCCCAGCCCAAGCACCCCGCCAACCCCCACCCCUACCAUGGCUGAAGACGCGGACAUGCGCAAUGAGCUGGAGGAGAUGCAGCGAAGGGCUGACCAGCUGGCUGAUGAGUCACUGGAAAGCACCCGUCGUAUGCUACAACUGGUUGAAGAGAGUAAAGAUGCUGGUAUCAGGACUUUGGUUAUGUUGGAUGAACAAGGAGAACAACUCGAUCGUGUCGAAGAAGGCAUGAACCAUAUCAACCAAGACAUGAAGGAGGCUGAGAAAAAUUUAAAAGAUUUAGGGAAAUGCUGUGGCCUUUUCAUAUGUCCUUGUAACAAGCUUAAAUCAAGCGAUGCUUACAAAAAAGCCUGGGGCAAUAAUCAGGAUGGAGUUGUGGCCAGCCAGCCUGCUCGUGUGGUGGAUGAAAGGGAGCAGAUGGCCAUCAGUGGUGGCUUCAUCCGCAGAGUAACAAAUGAUGCCCGAGAAAAUGAAAUGGAUGAAAACCUGGAGCAGGUGAGCGGCAUCAUUGGAAACCUCCGUCACAUGGCCCUGGAUAUGGGCAAUGAGAUCGAUACACAGAACCGCCAGAUCGACAGGAUCAUGGAGAAGGCUGAUUCCAACAAAACCAGAAUUGAUGAGGCCAACCAACGUGCAACAAAGAUGCUGGGUAGUGGUUAAAUGUGCCCACCUGUGUCCUCUUCCAAAUGCUGUCGGGCAAGAUGGCACCUUCAUGCUUUUCUCAUGGUAUUACCUAGUAGGUCUGCACACAUGCACACAUCAAUCCGCCCCCAUUGUGAAUGUUGUCUUGUGUCAUCCAUCAGCCCAACAAUACUAUGUCUUUUGUUCUUUCUGGGUCUCUUUCUUUCCAAAGGCUGUAUAUAGUGGUCAUUUGGUGGCUCUAACUCCCUACAUAAGAUGUCCUGGGUUUCAUUUUUUCCUUUUCUCUCCUCAGUGGCUUUUACUGAAUGACAACGAU